AAGUACAGCCUCUCGGCAACAAAAUUCAGGCUAAAGAGGAAAUGAUGGACAACAGAAGCUACUCCAAUCUGCCAGACAAACUGCCUGUCUUCACUGAUUCCACCCACUUGCCACUGACCAGGUCCAUCUAUCUGGACCCCAUGAUCAUGUUCCACCUGCACCCUGAGGGCCCGGUGCCAUCUCCUUACUCUGAAGACCUGUCAUUGCUGCCUUUUUCCAGUGACUCUCUGAUCAUGGAAGAUUAUGGGGAACCCUGCGCCUUCUCCUUCCCAAUGCCUUAUCCAAAUUACAGAAGGUGUGAAUACUCCUACAGGCCAGCCUUUAUCCAGAAAAGGAAUGAGCGGGAAAGGCAGCGGGUGAAAUGUGUCAAUGAAGGCUAUGCCCAGCUCCGACAUCAUCUGCCAGAGCAGUACUUGGAGAAGCGACUCAGCAAAGUGGAAACCCUCAGAGCCGCGAUCAAGUACAUUAAUUACCUGCAGUCCCUUCUGUACCCUGAUGAGGCUGAGGCCAAGAAUAACCCCAGGAAAAUAAUAGUUCAAAUGCUAAGCUGUGUUGGAUAUUUCUUACCAGGGUUUCAGAUGUACUAAACGUUAUCUUAUGUAGAUUGAGAAAAUGCUUCUUAAGCUUUGGUAGUUUCUUUCAAGAACUUUAGGGAAGCAGGAGUCCCCAGAAUUCUCUAUAUCUCUCACCUUGCCCUUCUCGCACA